AUGGGGUCUCUGCUCCUCCUCUUGCUGCCGCUUUUGCUGUCGCCCUCCUACCCGCGAGGCGGGAGCGCGCGGAGGCGCCGAGGUGCGCGGACGCAAGGCCUGGGAGGCCCCUCUCCCGCGCCCCCGGAGACCUCAGCACCCUUCUGGGUGCGCAUAAGCCCCGAGUUCAAGGCCGUGCCGCCGGGGGGCUCAGUGUGGCUCAACUGCAGCAGCAGCUGCCCCCUACCGGAGGGUUCCAGCCUCCGCACCGAGCUGCGGCGAGGCGACACGCUCAGUGGGCCCGGUUGGGUAUCCUACCAGCUGCUGGAUGUGAGGGCCUGGAGCUCCGAUGUGCACUGCUUUGUCACCUGCGCGGGAGAAACGCGGGGGGCCGCCGCCAGGAUUACCGCCUACAAACAGCCACGCAGCGUGAUCCUGGAGCCUCCGGUCUUAAUGGGCAGUGAGUACACUCUGCGCUGCCAUGUGACGCACGUGUUCCCCGUGGGCUUCCUGGUGGUGAUUCUGAGGCGCGGUGGCCGGGUCAUCUACUCCGAGAGCCUGGAGCGCUUCACCGGCCGGGAUCUGGCCAACGUGACGCUGACUUACGCAUUACGCGCCAGGCCCAGUGACUUCGGGCAGCCCGUUACCUGCUACGCCCGCCUCAAUCUCGAUGGUCUGGUGGUCCUCAGUAGCUCGGCACCCAUGACGCUGCCAGUCCUCGCUUGGAGCCCUGCGUCCAAAGCCUUGGCCUCCACCUCCAUCGCAGCCCUUGUGGGGAUCCUUCUUGUAGUGGGGGCCCUCUGCCUGAGAAAGUACCUAUCGAUGAAGUCUCGGGCAUAG